CGUCCUCGCCCUUUCUCGGGCCUCCCUUUGUCCUGUGGAAACCGGGACGUCUCGGUGGCUGUGCUACCCGCGGCUCAGUCCGGAGCUGUGAGGUUUCGUUUCGUUUUCUUUUUCAGGAAUGAGUUCCUGAGUCCUGAGUUGGUGGCCGCGGCGUCAGCCGUCGCAGAUUCCCUACCUUUCGACAAGCAGACAACCAAGUCAGAGCUGCUCAGGCAGCUGCAGCAACACGAGGAGGAGUCGAGGGCUCAGAAGGACAGAGAGAAGCGCAGGAUCAGGUCAAUGAGUCAGAAGGGCAGCAGUGUUGCUUGGGGGCCAUUUCACUUGGGCAGGCGAAUGUUUGUUUUACAUAAAAUCCCCUCAUGGGCCAACAAGAUGGCACAGAACUCAGGACCACUUGCCCAGGGGCAGCACAGCCACAGUGAACUGGGCCCUCCCACAAAAUGCACCGAGCUUUGCCCACUGGCCAAUCAGCUACAAGUCCUAGAAUCUAGUGUGGUCUCUGACCCACAGCAGAGGUUAGCAGGCCAUGAAGUACAUGUGACAUCUGCCCUAAGGAUGGGUAAAUGGUCUGGGGAGGACAGAGUCUGGGAUAAUCAUUCCGGGGAUUUGGAUGUGUUUUUUAAAUGUUUUUAUCUUAGGAAAUAUUUAUUCAAGGGGAAAAGACUUUCAGUUUUUGAUGUUAAGGCGUUUGCUGAUGAAGCACCUGAACCAGGUUUGUUAAGAGGAGAACAGCCCUUUUCUAAGGAGAGAAGUACUCUGUCUUUCAGAAAAGGUCCUGGUGCCUUGGCUGUAUAUUUCCCCAAGCAAGGACCAAUCCGUCUGUUCAUGGAGCUGGUGACCUGUGGCCUUUCCAAAAACCCAUAUCUGAGUGUUAAACAGAAGGUCGAGCACAUAGAGUGGUUUAGAAAUUAUUUUAAUGAAAAAAGAGAUAUUCUCAAAGAAAAUAACAUAGCGAUCACUUAACAUCACAAAGAAAAAAAUUUUAUUUAAACUUGAAGAUGUAUAUUAAAGCUAAAUAGAAAUUUUAUCAAAA